AUUAAAUGAAAGUGAGAAUGAUAUGAAAUUAAAAUAAAAAAUAAAAUAGGAUACAGGAAGUGUUUGCUAUAAAACUACAUUGCCCACAAUGCCCUUCAGCAUUUCGCCUAGGUGCUACGUCAUGCUGUGUUUUCCUCCCUCACGCGGAUCCCUCGGGUAGACUACCGAAGCGGAGCCCGGGAACAUGGCAGACGAGAAGGACUCAGCGCCGGCCCCUGCCGCUGCGUCUACCCCGGAGAACCCUCUCUCUGGGCGGCCUCACUCUGUCUUUUUCUCCGAGAGCGUCCAGCCGGCCGUCGGGAUGGUGAGCCAGCUGCUAACCCACCCCUCGUCCCUAAAGUUUGACAAAAACAUCAAACAGGCUUUCUACAACACGGGGGCGAUGAUCUUUGUGGCGAUCUGCUGCGGAGCGGCUGUCCUGGUCUACUUCAUCCUGGAGGCCUUCCUCCGCCCGCUGCUCUGGGCAGUGCUCUGCGGCACCUUCCUCCACCCCUUCAAGUACUCCCUGGCCCGGCUCGGCCGCUCGUGGCUCAGCGGCCUGCAGGAAACGGGGACGCCCAUCGUAGUGGGGACCUUGCUGGUUCCGGUGUGGUGUGUGAACUACGUGGUGGAGGCGAUGGGCAGGUUGGUGCUGGAGAGGCUCACGGUCCUGCUGGUGAUCGGGGCCGGUGCGCCGCUGCUCUACUUCCUCUACCUUUUCUGGAGCGUCAUCGGCAUGCAGGUGAUCCUCGGGCACGUAUGUGGGGUAAUCGGGGCCGCGCUGGACUGUUUCCACGCUGUGUGGGUGUUCACUUUAGUUUUUGGCUACUUGUUGGCGGUUUGUUUCAAGUGGAAUCCCCACACUGAGCGCUACCUGAGGGCUCUGGCUCUUCCUGUCUGGGCCGUCCUACUCUUCUACAUUGGUGAGUUUCUUUGCCCCUGGGAAGGUUUCUUCAAAUUGUGCCUACAUGAGGAGGCAGGUCGCUCCCACACGGGCUUCAGAGAACGAGGCUGAACACUUGUUUUUCCAAAGACGAGGGAGUGAAGUGGUUUUCUAGUUAAGACAAGGCACUGUCUCUACAGGUCCACAAGUCCAUUAGACAGAGCUCAUGCAGAGUUACAAAGUAAGAUGAGGAAGUCUCUUGUAUUUUUAGCACAUGUUAGGCGUGCCGAAAGGAGAUGUUGACCUUCAGGCGUGAAAUGUUAAAAGUGACUGAGAGCUAUUAAGAAGGAGAAGGAAGGUUUACAUAUGGCUGUGGGAAAAGCUGAGAAAAUGCUCUCCAUUAGGCACGUGUCUAUAUAAAAAUGUUACCAUAUGAUUGGCCAAAAUGAUCAAUGUCAUCUGAUCUCAGUAAUUACUUUGAUCCUCGUAUAUUUAUAAAAAUAAUUUUAUGGCAAAAUAUAUCUAGAAAUGCAUUUCAACUGGUCCAACAAGACACAGUAGUGCACCAGAGGAAGGGUUGGGUACCGUUUAAAAUUUUACGAUACCAGUACCAAAACCAGUCCCCUUAAAGUGAUACCGAUACAUUUGAGCACUUCAUUCCUCCCAUAAAAUGCCACCUGUUGAAGCCAUAGUAGUUGAUUGGUAGCCUAUUAUUAUUUUUAUUGUUGUUAUAGACAAGGUUAUCUAUUUUAUUUUUUCUUGUAUCAAAUAACUGUUACAUAAAAAGUAUUAGGAAAUUGUAUCAGAUCGCAUCUCGUCCUAAUUAGGUCAUCCUCACUUUUUAUAUUUGAAUGAGAGAGGAGUGAAAUAGUUUAUUGAACAAAAAGUUGUAGGAAACAAACUUAAAGUAUUUUUCUGAUUCGUAUGUUGAAAGUAAGCAACGGAAAAUUAUUUUGUUAACUUUUGAUCAAUAAACUGAAUUGAAAGAUCUCUGCGAGUGCUUUUUCCUUUAUUGGUGAGUUGCAAACCUCCAAAAAGACGACAGUAACAAGUAUAAAAUGAGUAGGGAGUCUGUUUAAACAAGUCACUUAACUACACUAAAGGAGGAAGAGGAAAAGAGAAUCUGCACGUCCAGCCGUUCAAACCAGCUACACCUGAAGCAGCUGCAGACGGAGGAUCCGUAAAUAAAAUCAGCUGAUCUCUGCUGCGCCACAAAAGCGUUUAAUUGAUGUGAUGGAAUGCAGCGAUCAAUCAGUGACAAGUGAUGUGAAUA